AUGUUUAUAUCUGUGAUAGUGCCGGAGGAGAAGAUGUUUGAUGUGAAUUUCAUGACGGAGUUAGCAAACACUAAAGUGGCGAGGUUGAUCGCUCCUCCAAUGCUGGAAGAGUUGUCAGUGUCUGUGCUUCCCUGCAAAUCGAAUCGGGAUCACUGCUACUGGCUGUUGAGACUGCUCGUUGGCGAAGGAGUUUCCCCGCGAAAAACCGUCGUGAUGGUCAAUAAACCUCGAACAGCUCACUUCCUAGCGCUGUUGCUAACGUGUAAUGGUGUCAGCAGUACAUACAUUACAAGGGACGACAGUUUGCUCGCUGCUGAGGACGCGAUUCGGCAGUGGCGUAUUGAAGAGUGUCGUGUUAUUGUGGCUGACUAUGAUUCAAUAAAAGACCUGGAUUAUGGUUUUGUAGAACUGUGUAUCCUCUUCGAACCGCCUGAAGCUGAUUUCUGCUCUUUUCACUAG